GCACUCGGCGUCGCCCGGCCGCUUGUCGCGAGUGCCGCGCUGUGCAGUCGUCGCAGCACUCCGGUGGUCAAAGCCGACAGUCGUAGACGGCUAGUCCAUACAUGGUGUCGUCGGGCGGGCGGUUUCGGCGGCGUGCGGCAGCGAGACAACAACAACAAUAAUAAUAAUAAUAUCUCCUACAGAUCGAUAAAAGUUUUCGUUUUCUUUUCGUUCAUAUAAUAUGGUACUUUGACUCGGCGACGGCGGCGGAAACAUUGUCUACACCGUCGUAACGCGUACAGAAUAUUAUUAUUAUUAUUACGUAGUACACUUGUAUUUGUUGCGAUUCGGUGUACGAUAUAAUAUUAUAUUAUGAUAAAAUAUACAGAAGAAACAUUAUAAACUAUUAUUAUAGUACCAUAUACCGUUUAUAAGAGGAUAUUUGAAAAGUUCUUAUCAGUGUAUCUUCAACUAAGUUAUGUUUUUUAUUUAAUCUUCAGAUUAUUUUUAUAAAAUUAUGACUAACGUGCAAGAACCCCCCGACUGAUUGGCUUAUGAUCAUUGCAAUUUGUUUCAUAACUAGUUGUGUAUUAAUUGGAGUACUGUGUGUUGUUUGUUGUUUUUGGUCUAAAUGCUUACUAUUCAAUUGUUGUCGACCGAAUUAUAACAACACUUUUAUAAUAUCUUAUGACAAACCGGAAGAAGCAUUGAAUUUACCGCCAGAAGACACAAAUAACACUACUUGUUAUUCACCCGUACGAAUGAAAAAA